CUCCUAAACACUAAUACACAAAGGAAUGGGAAAUUUUCUGAAACUUCUUGUUUUUCUUCAAUUUCAUCUUCUUUUCAUCACUGCACUUGCACAAAAUAUAACAUCAUCACCAAGAACAGAGGCAGAAGCUCUUGUCAAAUGGAAAAACACUUUACAACCAUCUGCUUCUCUCAGUUCAUGGUCCAUAAAAAACCUCAAAAAUCUCUGUAACUGGACUGGCAUUACCUGUAAUGCUGCAGGAGCAGUUUCUAAGCUCAACCUUUCCAGUCAAAAUCUCAAUGGAACACUUACUCACUUCGACUUUUCUGCAUUUUCAAGCCUCACUUCCUUGAACAUGAGCAGCAACCUCUUUUCGGAUGUCAUACCAGUAGAGAUUGGAAAUCUGAAACAACUUCAGUACUUGAACUUUCGCGACAACUAUUUGAGUGGGAGCAUUCCUUACCAAAUUAGUCAUCUUCAGAAGUUACAGUAUCUAGACCUGGGAUCAAACUACAUGGAAAAUGCAAAGUGGUACAUGUUUUCGAACAUGCCACUUCUGACACACCUCAACUUAUACUACAAUGAGCUUGUUUCAGAAUUCCCAUCUUUUGUGGUAAAUUGUAGGAAAUUAACUUUUCUUGAUUUAUCGCUUAAUAAGUUGACAGGUUCCAUACCCGAAUCAGUGUUUCUGCAUUUGCCUAAUCUUGAGAUCCUCAAUCUUUCUUUCAAUUUUUUUGAAGGUUCACUGCCUAGAAAUAUUUCAAAGCUUUCCAAGAUAAAAGAACUUCGCAUUGGAAGUAAUUCAUUCUCAGGAAUUAUUCCUGAUGAAAUAGGCCUUUUACAUAAUCUUCUAGUUCUUGAAUUGUACAACAACUCAUUUGGAGGGCAUGUUCCUUUUUCUAUAGGUCAACUUGGGCAGCUCCAAACACUUGAUCUCAGAUAUAACUCUUUGAACUCUAGUAUUCCUGAUGAGCUUGGAUUUUGCACCAAGCUCAAAAUUUUGGCUUUAGCAGGGAAUUUGCUUACUGGACCUCUGCCUCUGUCUUUUCAAAAUCUUGAACAUAUUUCUGUACUACACCUAGCAGAUAAUUCUCUGUCGGGUGAGCUAUCGCCUCGUACCAUCAGCAACUGGUCUGAGCUAACUUCACUUUACAUAGAGAACAAUACCUUCUCUGGCAAUAUUCCUCCUGAAAUUGGUACGUUAUCAAAUCUCACGGAUCUCUAUCUGUUUCAGAAUAGGCUCACUGGACCAGUUCCGCAAGAGAUUGGAAAUUUGACAAAGCUUCUUGAAUUAGACUUGUCAGGAAACCAACUGGAAGGUUCCAUUCCAGCAACAAUAGGGAACCUCACAAAAUUGGUAGUCCUGCAGUUGCAGUUCAACAAUCUUAGUGGAACUAUUCCUCCUGAGAUCGGAAACUUAGCACUGCUUGAAUUACUUGAUCUCCAAAGUAACCAAUUUUUUGGAGCGCUGCCUGAUUCACUUGUUAAUUUAGGAAGCUUGAAGUCACUUUUUCUUCAUUCCAACAGAUUUACUGGCAGUAUUCCAGAGGGCUUGGGGAAAAAUAUUCUCAAUUUGUCCACCGUCAGUCUUUCCGAAAACAAGUUCUCCGGGGCAUUGCCAGAAGGACUAUGCAGUGGUUUGGCCCUUGAAAGGUUUCUAGUGAAUGAAAAUAACUUUUCAGGGUCUUUGCCAAUGUGCCUGAGGAAGUGCUCCAAACUGAGCAGAGUCCGCCUCGAUGAAAACCAGUUCUCUGGAAAUGUUUCUGAAGCAUUUGGUGUUCAUCCAAAUCUUGUUUACAUUUCUAUGAGUGGAAAUAAGUUUACAGGUGAACUCUCAUCCCAGUGGGGAAAUUGUGAAAGUCUUGCAAACAUAGAGAUGUCACGGAACAAAAUUUCUGGUGCAGUCCCAACUGAGCUUGGAAAUUUAAAGAAUUUGCAAGCUCUGAAACUGGAUUCAAAUCAGUUGACAGGGGAAAUUCCAUCUGAACUUGGAAAUAGUGUCCUUAUGCUGAAACUCAACUUGAGCAAUAACCUGUUGACUGGGAACAUACCUAAGAGUCUAGGCAAACUGUCGAAGCUCACACAUCUUGAUUUGUCGAAAAACAUGAUGAAGGGAAGCAUACCAAAAGAGCUUGGGAAUUGUGAGAGCUUGUUGAGCUUGAGCUUGAGACAGAACAGUUUUUCAGAAAAGAUACCGUCUGAACUUGGCAACUUACGUCAGUUGAAUAUUAAUUUAGACCUGAGUAGCAAUUCCCUUUCAGGCACCAUCCCUUCUAACUUGGGAAAACUGAAGGUUUUGGAGAAUUUAAAUCUUUCAAAUAAUCAGCUAUCAGGUAGAAUUUCUUCUUCACUAUCUAAAGGCCUGUCAAGUUUGCAAACUAUUGAUCUUUCUUACAAUAACUUGUCUGGCCCCAUACCCUUCUUCCAAGAAAAUGCGGCAAAAAAUUUCACUGGAAACUCACUCUUGUGUGGAAAUGCAAAAGGAUUUCCCUUGUGUUGGUCAAAGUCUUUGAAGUCAUCCAAAAAAUCCAAUUCCAGUAAGAAAGUCAUCAUUGGUGUCAUUGUUGCAGUGGUCAGCCUCUUCCUUCUCGGGAUUAUUAUUGUUGGAAAUUUUAUGCAUCAUAAGAAAAUCAAGAGAAGUUCCAAGAAACUCGAGUCACUGAUAUGGGAAAGAAAAUGUAAAUUUACAUUUGGAGAUAUUGUUAAGGCCACGGAAAAUUUUGGUGAAAGGUACUGCAUUGGAAGAGGAGGAUUUGGAACUGUGUACAAGGCAAACUUGUUUAAUGGUGUGAUUAUAGCGGUUAAAAGACUUGAUAUAACAGACUUUGGCGAUGCUACAACAAAUAAUCGACGGAGCUUUGAGAAUGAGAUUAGAACACUGACAGAAGUCAGGCACCGUAAUAUUAUUAAACUCCAUGGAUUCUGUUCCAGGGAUAAUUGGCUAUACUUGGCAUAUGAAUUUGUCGAGAAAGGUAGCCUGGGAAAGUUGUUGUAUAGUGAUGAGGGGGCUAACAUGAGUUGGGAUGCAAGAGUGAAAAUUGUUACUGGAUUGGCUCAUGCAUUAUCUUACCUGCAUCAUGAUUGUUCUCCGCCUAUUGUGCAUAGAGAUGUAACACUGAAUAACAUCUUGCUCGAGUCAGAACUGGAACCGCGGCUCUCAGAUUUUGGCACUGCAAGAUUGUUGGGCACAGACUCAUCAAACUGGACUAAUGCUGCAGGGUCUUAUGGCUACAUGGCACCAGAACUCUCCUUGAGUAUGCUAGUCACAGUUAAAUCAGACGUUUAUAGCUUUGGAGUCGUGGCGUUGGAGGUAAUGAUGGGAAGACACCCUGGGGAGCUCCUUUCGACUUUGUCCAGUGAUCCAGAGUUAGCAGCUAAGGAUGCACUAGACAAACGACUUCCCCCUCCAACCAACAGAAUAGCAGAGCAAGUGAAACUUGUUGUUAGUGCAGCGCUAGCAUGUACACAAUCCGCACCUGGGGCAAGACCUACUAUGCGUUUUGUGGCCCAGAAGUUAUCAGGAGCUCAGAUUUAAAUGCACCAUUCAGUUUCCGUUUGCUUAAACCAUGUUGAGUUUUCUGUCCAAAAAAAAAAAAAAACCAUGUUGAGUUUUGGUGGUGUUGGUUAGAAAGGGUGUUGUUUAGUGUGUUUUUAAGUUAGUACUCCUUCCUAAUUUCAAUUUUAAUAGUUUUGUUUGUUAAAAUAAAAUGUCUUAUAAUA